GUCUGGUCGCGGACGAGUGUCGUCACAACCCGGUGGAAGCUGUUCAGAAAAAUGGCUGCCACGAUGUGGCUGCAUGGAACUGCAAAUAUGAAAAUAACGGAGGGGCUGAUCGCCGUGCUGCAGAGAGACCGGCCGGAGCACUUACCAGCCGUGCUGGCGAGUUACCGGGAGCACGGGGUCGUCUCCUCACAGAGUGAAUCUGCGUUAGGAGGUCUGAUCGGGAUCAGCAAUGCUCAGCUGGGCUCCAUCAAAACCAGGUUUUCAGGUCUGUGUCUGCUGGCUGUGCUGGUCAGUGACGGCUCCACUGAUCUCUUCCAGCAGCACUGCCUGUCCUGGCUUCGAGCGCUGCAGCAGACCAUUCAGUCCCAGGACCCCUUGCCCACGGUGGAGCUGGCUGUAUGUGUGCUCCGGGACCUGCUCCAGUAUUCCUCCCAGCUGCCAGAGCUGGCCAGGGAGAUCGGGCUCAACUCCAUCCCGGGGAUCCUCACCUCCCUGCUAGGCCUCAAACCGGAGUGCCACCUAGCUGCCAUGGAAGGUAUGAGAGCCUGCAUGAGUUUCUACCCAAGAGCCUGUGGAUCAUUGAGGGGGAAGCUAGGAGCUUACUUCCUGUCGAAGCUGGACUCUGACAACCCCAAACUACAAGAGGCGGCUUGCUCCUGCUAUGCUCUGCUCCCGUCUCUGGGGUCAGGGUUCACGCAGGGGUCGAGGGGUCACACGGAGGCCUGGACUCAGCAGCUUCACUGCCUCCUCCACACGGCGCACGGCAUUCUGGGACAGCUGUACGAGGGAGCCGAGACGGACCCAGUGCAGUACGAGGGUCCCGGGGGGGAGCUGCCCUUACCCCCCCUCAGUGAGAGAGACCCCCUGCUGGUGCUGCAGCUGAGACAGCGUUACAGUGGAGUGAGCCAGAGCCUGUCUGCACUGCUGAGCUCAGAUGUGUCUGUCCCAGUGCGUCUCCCAGUGCAGUGUGUGCUGAGUCUGGUGUGCCGGGCGCUGGCCGUGACCCCCAACAACAUUGGCUGGCUGGGGGACGGGCCACUCAAAGCGCUGGUUCUGCCGAGUGUGCACUCACACUCCCUGCACAUCCUGAGUGCACUCAUUCACAGUGCUGGGGCCAGGCUGGUUCAGUUCUCCAGCUCUCUCUGUCGCCUCUUUGCUCAAACUCUCAGUGCCUGGAGUCCAGCCUGUGACACUACCCUGCCCGGCCAGCAGAGGGCAUACAGUGCUCUGCGAGUGCAGCUGUACAACACUUUGGAAUUGUGGGUGAAGGUGGGCGGGGCCUCUUCGGGCGUGCUGCAGGGGACCUAUCACCACGCCGACGUGCUAUUGGCUCACCUGAUUGGUGACAUCACUACAGGGACCGACACAGUCAAGCUGCGUGCUGGGAAGAGCUCCCCGGAGCUGGCGGGGCAUGCUGGGAAGGCGGGGGGGCGUCGCUCGAAGGGGUCGGAUCUGAGCGAGGUGGGAACGCAGCUACAGAGGAAACAAGAUGCUGGAGCCAAUCGAGACACAGCACUGUCAGCCGUCACGGCUCUCAGUCAGAUUGUUCUUACCAGCGGGACUCUGCUAAAGGAGGAGAUUCACAAGAAGCUCCAGGAGCUGCUGAUCCCGUUGCUGGUGUGCUUGCAGCAGCAGGGGCUUAUGGGAGGUCCGGGGGGUCAGCUGACCAGCCCCUACAGCAGCCCCCCUGCCCGGCGGGCGCUGUACCACCUCCUCCUCUCGCUGGUCCUCGCGCCCAGCCCCCAGCGCCCUCCGCCACUGCACUGCGGGGUCCGGCUCUUCAGCCAGGGCCUGGGGGACCCCAGCGUGGAGGUCUCCUCAUUCUGCCGCGAUUCCCUCACAGUGUGUAACUCUCUCCUGCACCCUCGCUCCCCAUCCCUCUCCCUCCCGGACCCCCUGCCCCAAACCCAGUCCCUGCGCUCGCAAACAGGGGUCCCGUUCCCCUCUGCUCGCGCCCGGACCCUGCCCUCACUGCUACCCCAGAAUCACCUGCCCCCCGAGCCCCUGCCGGGGGAGGCGGAGGCGGGGGGAGAGGGGGGCAGGAAGCCGGUGUUCGUGCGCUAUGAUAAAGAGGAGCCGGGAGACGUGGAGAUCUCUCUGGAGAGUGACUCCGAUGACAGUGUUGUAAUCAUGCCAGAGGGGCUGCCGGGCCAGAACCCCAAGCCAGCAGCCCCGGCACCGCCACCGGCACCGGCGGGUCAGAGUCAGAGGCCGCAGACUGGCAGGAGGACGGGUCACCAGCCCCAGCCCGUCCCGGAGCCCGGAGCCAGUCCGAAAAGCAGCCAGGCUGUGAAUAACAAGACUGGGAGCUGCAGCACUGCUGGGAAUGAUACUGACAGCAACAUUACAGCAGCAGCGGCAAGCUCUCCCGGGGAGGCGGGGGCUCCUGUCGUCACGGCAACGACGAGCGGGCCCCCCCCUCUGCCCCCCCUCAGCGUGGUGGGAGGAAUUGGGGCAGCAGCAGCAGCAGCGAUGGGGCAAGUGGCAGUUGAGUCACACCAGCAGUUACAAUUACAGCAAAAUGCACCCCAGCAAAACUCCCAGAGCCAACAACAGGAUACUGUGAUAAAUAUCAACAGCUCGGACGAGGAAGAGGAGGAGGAGGAGGAGGAGAUCGAUGAAGAGGACGAAGAUCUGGAGGAGGAAGAGGAGGAUCCCGAAGGGGAGGGGUAUUACGAGGAAGACGAGGACGAAGAAGAAUACGAUGAUGAUGAAGAAGAUUAUGAGGAGGAGGAGGGGAUGAUGAUGAUGGAGGGAGAGGAGGAGGAGGAGGAGGAGAUGUUGGACGAGGAGGAAGACGAGGAGGAGGAGGGAGAGUUUGAUGAGUUGGAUGAUGAUGAUGAUGAUGACAUUAUUGAUGAAGAUGAGAUGGGGGAGGGGGUGUGUUUGGGGGUCCCGGGGGCUGUAGCAGGAUUCGCGCUGGAAAGGAUAGAGGAAGAGGAGGAGGAGGAGGAGGAGAGAGGGAACGAAGGGGGGUCGACCGUCCUAGAGGAAGGCAAAGGGGAUAUGAUGUCAUCGCAACAGGAGGGCCAGGGGAAGCAGGAAGCUGCUGCUGAUGUGGCGGGAACUCUCGCACAGGUACGAGAGGAGGAGGACGGGGGAGUGACAGGAGGGGAGGGGAGACAGGAAGAGGAGGUGCCAGAGCAGGAAUGGGCGGGGCCGCAGCAGCAGGAAGUGCUGGUGAUGUCGCAGGGUGAGGUCGAGGAGAACCAGGAAGUGAUCGCGGCGGUGUCUCACAUCCAGAUAGAGGCUCCACCCCAGGAAGUGGAAAUGGGACCGGAAGGGGCAAGGCCAGGGCAGGAAGGGGAGGGACCAGGGCAGGAAGGGGAGGGGCCAGGGCAGCUUCAGGAAGAGGAAGGGGCUGCAGGAAAGCUUCCAGAGGAAAUGGAAACGCAGAGACAGGAAGUCAGCCCUCCGAGAGAUGGGGGAGAGGGGGAUGAGAAAGGAGGGGUGAAGAUGGAGGGAGGAGAUGUGAUUGAGCUGGAGACGGAAGGGGGAGAGAGGGAUUCAGAAGAGAGAGGGAUGAAGAGGAAGAGAGAAGAGGAGGCAGCGCCAGCAGAGCAGGAGGAGAGCCUUGAGGAGAAAAAGCUCGAUUCAGAGAGCACCUCAGUGAUGAUGGCUGCGUUUGUUGAUAUCUCCCCGGAGGAUGAGGAGGAGGAGGAGAGCACGGAACUCAGUCCGGACUCUUAGAAACCGGGCCCAGAGAACAGAGCCGGGCCUGGACUGCACUCCACCCCAACAGAACAGAACAGAACCUGCCUUUCUUUUUUUUAAUAUUAUUGCAGGGUUACAAACUCACACUAGCCCUGCUGCUGCUGCUGCUGCUGCUGCUGCUGCAGCCAGUCCUGGGGUUCAGAGCUCCCCUCAAUGAAGUCUGUUAUUAUUAUUAAUAUUGAAAUGAUCAGGAGCCAUGUCAAUAUUAAUAAUAACUAGACUUCAUUGAGGGGAGCUCUGAACCCCAGGACUGGGUGCAGCAGCAGCAGCAGCAGCAGCAGGGCUAGUGUGAGUUUCGAGCUGUGAUGUCAUCAUUUUUGUGUGUUGUUUUCGAUCGCCUCUCUUGCCCUGUAUAAUUGUGUUUGUUUGUUUCUCUGCCUGCCACAGUUAGUACAGACUUCUUUAUUAAAGUUCUUGUAUUUCAAUGAGA